AUGAGGAUCCACUAUCUCCUCUUCGCCUUCCUCCUGGUGCUGCUGCUGCCGCCUGCAACGUUCAGCCAAAGCAUCCGCAACCCCUUCACCUGCCUGUGGAACGGGGGCAUCUGCUGGAAGACGUGCCGGGGGAAGAUGCAGCAGAUCGGCUCGUGCGGCCUUCCCGGGGUCCGCUGCUGCCGGCGGAGGCGCUAA